AUGAAAAAUAUUAGUUAAGUUUAAAGUCAGGAAUAUUUUCAGAAAAAAAGUGCAAAAUCAGCUUCUCUUACAAAAAGAUUUUCUGAAAGAGUAAGUACUCCUUCAUAGUGGUUUUUAGGAAAAGGGAUGGAACAAUAGGAUUAUUAUUUCUGAAUAGAUUCUAGGAGUUAUUCCUAGAGAAUAUUCAAAUAAAAAAAUUUUGCCAUAAAUAAAAGGUGGAACAGCCUCAAUUGUGUAGAAAUAUAUAUAAAUGCAUAAAAAUUAAUAAGAACUUGAAUAUCUGGUUGAGUGUGAACAAAAAAUAUUCGAAACUAAAUUAGAGUAAGUUAGGCAAGUACAUAAAUUAUAUAAUGUUCCAAAAAUACACUAAGUACAUUUAUGAUGUUAUAGGUAGAAUGUUUUUAAUGAGAUUUUGAGUUCUUCAAACGAUAAAUUAAAAGUUUUAGAGGAGGAACUUAAAUUGAUGGAUUAGAAAUUAUCUCCAAUAUUACAUUGUAUUUUUACAAUAACAGCUAGAGAGAAUUGUUUAAAUUUAAUAUAGAAUUAAUUAAGGUAAUAAAAAUAGGAAGAGAAGGAAAAAUUAAUGGAACUUAUUUAUGAUUAUCGAAUAUUAUCAUUAAAUACAUUAGAAAGUAUAGUGAAAUGGUAAUAAUAUGUUGAGAAUAAGAAUAUCUGUAUUUAAUUUAGUUUAGAUGAUGAUGAUAUUGGAUAUUGUCAAAGAUUCUAUUCAGAUUAUGAAAUAUUGAGACCAUAAUUAAUAAAAUUCAUUGAAGUAUCAGAAUCAUCUGAUCCCUUUUUUGUUAAAUAACUUGGAAGUAAUUAAACAAAAUUGUAUGCAAGAGUAAGAAGGGCAGAAGUUGAAUUAUUGAAUUUGGUUUAUAAAAAUAAUUAUUUAAAAUGAGAAAACAAACAGAGUAUGAACUUUACAAACCUUAAAAUUGCUUUGAGAAGAUUCUUUUGGAAAGGUGUAUUCAGUUGAAUGAUUUUAAAAUUAGUAGAAUAGAUACAUAAGAAUAAUAUGUCAUUAGGGGUUACUAAAUAUGUGGAUUUAGCAACUAUGACACCUUAAGAGAAACAAUGAAUUUAAUAGUCAAAAAUGCUUGAAUUUUUAUAGCAUUCAAAUAUUGUAGGGAUAUAAAGAAGUUUAGAGAAUUAAAAAGGACACUUAAGUCUUAUUAUGGAAUAUGUAGAUGGUAUAUUUGAGAAUUUAAGCAGGUGGUCAUUUGGCUUAAUAAGUAAAUGAAGCUAAAGGAAAUUUAUACCUGAAACUCUCAUUUUAAAUUGGUUUAUAUAGAUCUGUUAAGUUAUUUAAUAUGUUCACAAUAGGAAAAUCAUUAAAAGAGAUUUAAAAUGCAAAAAUAUUUUCUUAACUAAAAAAGGUUUAGUUAAAUUAGGAGCUUUUAGUCAAGCUAGAAUUUUCAAACAAAACUAUUGAAAAAGCUAAAAUUAUGGUUGUUACUACAUUAUACUAUUAUAAUACGAGUCUUAAUAUCAUUUAUGGAAAGCCAUAUACAUUUAUGCCAGAUAUCUGGUCUUCAGAAGUUAUAAUGAAAGAACUUUGUGCUUUAUAACACCAUUUAGACGAUUAUUAAUUACUUAAUUGCUUUAAGUAGAUUUUAGACGUAGACCAAUUAUUCAGAAUAUUUUGAGUAAAGAUUAUUUUAAUCUGUAGAAAUGCCUGUUAUUUUUAUUAGAAUCAAACGUUAUCUAAUUAAAACUACUUUAUAAUAAGUAUUGUUAUGCAAAACAAAAUUAUCAAUCCUACAAUGCUCUACUAGUAUCGUAUAUCGAAGUAGAGAUGAAGAUGAAUCAAACGAUAGAAAUAAUAAGAAACAUAAAUAAAUUUGAUGCUAGAGUUCAUAUAUUAACACAAUUAAAGCAACACUAUUCUUCAUAAAAUUGAA